UAUAGAAACUGGAAAGAAUAUUUUAUUAUCUAAGAUUUUUUAAUUUGUAGGGAAAAAGAAAAUGGAGGAAUGGUUAGAUUCUAACUUGAAUAGUCUAAUGGUGGACCACACAGAUCAGUUCAUAAUCCGAGAAUCACAUACAGAAGCUAGUCAAGCAGAAGCUACACCAAAAAAACAGAAAAAGAGAGAAAGUGUCAAUGUAACAACUGAAUCAGAAAAGAAAAAAAAAGAAGAAGCUAGUCAACCUACACCAAAAAAACAGAAAAAGAAAGAUAUUGUUAAUGAAACAACUGAAUUGGAGAAGAAAAAAAAAGAUUUAGAAAAGGAAGAGCGAGAUGCUAAUGCAUUAGCCAAAAGAAAUGCCCAAAAGGUUAUGGCAGAAGAAAUUCUUCUUAAAAGACUAAAAAGCACUGAGUCAAACAAUAACAGAGACCAGGAGAUGCAAAAAACCAAAGAAAAAGAGUGCCAAGAUAAAGACAAGGAGUAUCACAAAGAAUGUGUUUCGGCAAAACAGUUCAGUGAGUUGAAUGAGGAAGUGCGGCGACUAAGGAAAAAAUUGGACUGGCACAUUAAUUCUGAAACUUGUGGAACUAGUUUGAAAAAAGAAUCUUCAUCUGUGCAUGUAGCUCAAAAGAAACCAAAAAUGGAAACCAUAUCUACAUUAAGCGUGUUAAAUAACACCCCUGACAUGUGCUGCCAGAGUGAAGAUUCUAGUUUAUAUAACAGUUACUCUAGAUCACAAUUAGAAGAUUUCAUCUCUCAUAUUGAUUCCUUAUAUACAGCUGUCAAAACACUUUUGUUACAACUGUUUCCAGAGUCCUACAUCUUAUCCCAUUCUGUUUCCGGAAAGGCUGCCAACACCAAAACUGUGGCAAAGCCACAGUUUGAUUCUAGACUAUAUGGAGUUUUUGUUAAAAUACUUAAGGAAAAAUUUGGGUCUACCACUAAAGAAAUCACUGAGAAAGUUCAUUCUGUGCAGAAAUAUUUACAGAAAAAAACAGUUUUAUAA